AGAGACCUCAAUAGAAAGUUGCAAACUGAAGGGCCAGAGGCGGUCCCUCCCUCGGCUUUUUCUUACUGGGGUAUCAUCAGAGACAUAGUGGAAUCUGCCCCUGGGGACCCAGGCAAGCGCCAACUCCUUUCGGUGGCAGAGUUUUGUUUACGCCCCUUGUCGCGGGCAGCUUCUGUUAAAUCGCUACAGCGCCCUUUAUCACGAACCGCCUCUACAAAGUCAUUAGAAUCAGUGGGAAAAAGUCCCCCUAGACCCCCCUCCGUGGUCAUUACCAUUCCGCCGGAACCUCCAAAGCCUCUUUAUCCUCCCCUCCCUGUGGAAACGGUCCCGGCUACUGAACCUUUAACACUGCCUAUAAUUGCAAAACACAAAACUCCUCCUUUAGGAGAUCCUGACCCUGAUACUCUAGAUCCCGGGGACGAGGCGGAACUGGAGGAAGAAGCCGCCCGAUAUAAUAACCCGGACUGGCCCAUAACUCCCCAGUACCUACCCCCUCCCUACAUAUCCCAGACUUGCGCUCCUGCGCUUUUGCCCCCCAUUCCCACUUCCUCAGCCCUCACAUCCGCCAGAAGUCAACUCUCCACUCAAGUUAAGGAGCUCCGAGAAGUCUUAGAUCUACAAAAGCAAUAUGCACAACUCUCUUCGGAACUGAGUUCCCUGCAACACUCCCUCCAGAAUUCUGUCAUUUUUCCCCCAAUAGGUCGCAGUUACAUCAGAAACCCCUGAAAAAGAUCAGAGCCAGUGCUAGAGAUAGAAAAUCUAACAAGGCACAGCCCAUGAUAUUCCCUGUUAUGACCCGGUCUCGUCAGCCUGACUCCUCACACAACGACCCCAAGGAAGUUUCUGCCAGUGAAGGGGAGGGAGAUGAAGAAAGUGAGGAAGAAGGGGAAGAGGACGAGGGAGAGGGGGAGGGACAGGAUAGUGGAAAAAGAAGAAGAGGAAUGGGCAAUUGGAAAAAAGGAAGGACAGCGGUUAGAAUAUAGGAGAUUGCAGUUCAAAGGGAUUAAGGAUCUUAACGCCGCCGUCAAGUCCUAUGGUCCUAACGCCCCGUUCACCCUCUCAGCUCUUGAAUCUAUGUCCCGCGGAGGAUAUCUCUUGCCGGCAGAAUGGCUUCGUGUAGUACAGGCAGUCCUUUCAAGGGGGCAGUUCUUGACAUGGAAAGCAGAUUUCUUCGACCGCUGCCAAUCCAUGGCUACAGCCAACCAAAAAUCCCCUGGCUCCCCCGCUUUAAAGUGGACUUAUGAGAAGUUGAGUGGUCAAGGGAAAUACGCAGAGGAGGCCAAACAACGCUGCCUCCCAAUAGGCCUCUUGGCGCAAACCGCCAAUGCUGCAUUCGCGGCUUGGCGUGCCUUGCCCACUUCUGGAUCCCCCCUUGCUCCGCUUAAUAAGAUCGUACAAGGAACUCAGGAAGAUUUCUCUGAGUAUGUUAGUAGGCUCUUGGAAGCAACUGAACGAACCUUAGGGCAAGAAGCGUCUAAUGAUCAGCUUGUGAGACGCUUAGCAUAUGAAAAUGCUAACAAUGCCUGUCGGUCUGCCUUACGCGGGAAGUGGAGAGAUAAAACAUUAGAGGAAAUGAUACGUAUGUGCAGAGAUGUAGAUCCCUUCACUACCAAAAUGUCCCAGGCCGUACAUCUGGCCAUAGGGGCAGCUCUCCAAACCGGGGACUCCCAAAAGGCAUGCUUCCGGUGUGGUCAACCUGGCCAUUUUGCCCGACAGUGCCCUAGUGCCCCUGACACUCCCUCCGCUCCAAUCAGCAAUAAGGCUUCCCAACCCUCCACCCUCUGCCCUCGGUGUAGGAAAGGGAAACACUGGGCAAAUACCUGCCGCUCAACUACAGACGUUCAUGGCCACCCUUUACAGGGAAACGGUCGGAGGGGCCAGCCCCGGGCCCCCCAGUCGACCCCCUUUGUUCGGGCCUCGGGGAUCAGCCAGUCCACACCCCACUCCACAUCCCACUCUUCAGAGCCACUGCAGGAAGCGCAGGGGUGGACUUGUGUGCCGCCUCCACCUCAGUAUUGACUCCCGAGGGUGGCGUCCAUAUUAUUCCUACAGGCAUCUUUGGCCCCCCGCCCCCUGACUUCUAUUUUUUCAUCCUUGGUCGCGCCUCCGCUACUAUUAAUGGCCUCAUGAUUCACCCCUCCAUUGUGGAUAGUGAUUACACGGGGGAAAUUCAGAUACUUGCCUCAACCCUGAAAGGGCCCCUCACUGUCCGUCAGGGACAACGCCUUGCGCAGGCUCUCCCGCUCCCCCUACAGACUCCAUACCCUGCUCUCGCCACUGUUAGAGGCCACUCCAAGCCUGGUUCCUCAGACAUCUAUUGGGUCCAGGCCAUUUCCCAAGACCGCCCCAUGCUUACGCUUUUUAUUCAAGGCAGGCUUUUUGAAGGAAUAUUAGAUUCAGGAGCUGACUCGACUGUUAUCUCAAAAGACAGUUGGCCAUCUUCGUGGCCCCUUCAACCAUCCAUGACACACUUGCAGGGCAUAGGUCAAUCCCACAAUACCCUACAGAGCUCUCAAUGGCUGCCUUGGCAAGACAAAGAAGGAAAUAAAGGGACUGUUCGGCCUUUUGUGAUCCCCGGCUUACCUGUCAACUUAUGGGGAAGGGACAUUCUUUCACAGAUGGGGGUAAUUAUGUGCAGCCCAAAUACCGUUGUGACCCGUCAAAUGCUCUCCCAGGGAUUUCUCCCAGGGCAAGGAUUAGGCAAGAAAGGUCAAGGGCAACUGUCCCCAUUGUUGCUGAAGGGAGAAAAGGACGAGCAGGCCUUGGUUGUGAGAGCCCAGAUAAUCAGAACCAUUUUUCGUGAGGGCCACGGGUCCUCCUGCACUCCAGGCAGAUAGGAUCUCGUGGAGAAAUGACCUACCCGUCUGGGUAGACCAGUGGCCCUUACCCAAGAAAAAACUGGAGGCAGCGCUUGCUUUAGUGCAGGAGCAACUAGCUGCAGGUCACAUAGAACCAUCUACAUCCCCGUGGAACACGCCCAUUUUUGUUAUCCAAAAAAGAUCAGGUAAAUGGCGACUCUUACAUGAUUUACGGGCCGUCAAUAAAACUAUGAUUCCUAUGGGGGCCCUUCAACCUGGGCUCCCCUCCCCUGUAGCCAUACCGCAAGAUUUUUCUAAGAUUACAAUUGAUCUUA